AUGUCUGCUGCUCAAUUACAUCCCGCCCCCACCGCCUUCCUCGCGCCCCGCGCCCGUCAUCAGCCUCGCAAUGCACCCGCUUCCCCCCUCGCAUGCGCAGCCCCCACCAGCACCCCAGUCCUCCCCAGAUCACGCGCUACGAAUUUCCUUCCCGUCGAAUCGCGCGCGCAGCGAACGGCUGUACCUAUUCGUUCUUGCGCUGCGAGAGUCGACGCACCAUCCGCGAACCCUGGAACGCGAUGGGGAUUGUCGGCGACGGUGCUCCGUGCGACACAUGAUGGCGACGGCGGCGGCGUCGCGCCGACCAGUAGCGAGUCCCGCGGAUUCGAUAUAAGACGCGUGGAGCAGUACACCGAGAGAGUGCCGGCGGAGGUGGUGGUGCUCAACGCACUGGUGGAUGGGGAGGAAGACGAGGUGGUCGUCUUCAGGGGUUUCUCCUCGUCGCUGGUGCUGCCCACGCCCUCAGACCCCUCAGACCCGGUAUUGCCCGCCUCUGCUGUGAUAAGCUCAGUGGAUCGAGUGAGGGGCCCAUUCAACCCUGCUCGCAUGGAGUACAUUCAGCAGGGUAUGCGCUGGGAGGAGUUUGAGCAGCUGCUGGAAGACAUGCACCUCUGA